GAGAGGAUGCGCAUUGCGCAUUAGCGCACCGAAUGUAUCAUGAUUUGAUCUAUGUCGUAGGUUAUGUACGAAUCUUUAAACAUGUUUAUUUAGAACUCCCGUAAAAAUGGUGUAAUCGUGAAUACAGGAACAAAUUAUGAGUAGUUUAGAAUAAAGUCACAAUAGGAAAUACCUUUAACCUUUACAAUACUAUCAGCGGUUUUUCUAAUAAUUCAGAAAUCAUUCCAAAAUGGAAAUUCAGUACUUAACUAAGGACCAUUUAAUUGGGUUUGAUAAUUACAAGUAUAACUGCAUAGACUCUGGCAUAUUGAGUAUAUAUGUUAUGCACCCCUUCUGGAACUGGGUAGUAAAAUACUGUCCACGUUUCAUAGCUCCAAAUUUACUCACAUUUACUGGAUUUCUGUUUACGGUGAUCAGUUACCUAAUUUUUGCGCUACUCGAUUAUAACUUUUAUGCUUCGGACUCGGAUCGUCCUGAUAUAGAACCACUUGGGAACUGGACGUUCUGGGCAGCUGCCAUACUACUAUUUGUAGCUUACACUUUAGAUGGUAUAGAUGGAAAGCAAGCGAGGAGAACGGGUACCAGUGGUCCUCUAGGCGAAUUAUUCGACCAUGGUUUAGACUCCUACACAGCUGGUCUAAUUCCUGCAGCCAUGUACUCCAUUUUCGGUCGUGGCGAAAGAUAUAGUUUAGUUCCUUUUAGAAUGUUUUUUACCAUGUGGAAUGUGAUGAUGAAUUUUUAUAUGACACAUUUCGAAAAGUACAAUACCGGGGUGAUGUUCUUGCCCUGGGGAUAUGAUUUCUCUAUGUGGGGGACAAUAAUAACAUUCCUUAUAGCUGGGAUAUUUGGAUCAGAAAUCUGGCAAUUCCGAUUUGGCAGUGUAACAGCUGGCAACAUAUUUGAGCUGACUCUCUAUAUUUCUUCACUCAUAUCGAAUGUACCUGUAAUAUCUUAUAAUAUUUAUCUAUCUUACAAGAAUAAAACUGGCAAGAUGAGACCAUUUUCAGACGCCAUCAGACCACUCUUGCCUGUGGGAUCAUUCUUUCUAAUAUCACUAGUGUGGAUCCUUUACUCCCCUGGUAACAUUGUGGAAAGAGAUCCAAGAGCCUUGUUUUUCCUCUUGGGGACAGUGUUCUCGAAUAUUUCGUGUCGAUUGAUCGUGGCUCAAAUGAGCAAUACAACCUGUGAUGCAUUUAAUUUACUGCUGAUCCCUACGUCGUUCGUAGUGGCAGCGUCUCUUUUAACCCAAUGGGCAACUCUGGAGUUGAUGCUUCUAUAUUUAUUAUGUAUAUUUACUUCCGUUGCUCAUAUACAUUACGGAACUUGUGUGGGAGCAAAGUUGUCCUCCCUAGGGAAGAAAAGUAAAAGUGACGUCAUGGUAUUUCAUUCAUGAAAUAUAACUUAUUGACGCCCUGUACAAUAUCUAUUUUCUAUUACGUUAGACAAAUGUGUCGACAUUUCAAAGUUAACUGCUUCACCAUCAAGAAACAAGUGGAUUGACUAUUGGUCGACAACGCGUGAUGAAAGAAACCGUGUUGUCCCUCGGAUGUGCAACAAAAGGGUGGUUUUUCAAGAACAUUUUUGUUUAAAUCAAUUGAGUGAGUUGGCUUGUAUUCGGAUGUGUGAAUUUUUUGUAAGAAAUGUCGAUUGGUAAAAAAUAA